UUUCAGGGUGCGGAGAGUAUAAGCACUGUUGCGAGUGCGACAUUGGCAAGCGAGCCACUUAUAAUUGUGCGCACUAUCUCCUACAGCACAAGUCAAUGUUAAUAAUUAACUCUUUACACCUCCGCACGCUAUUCUUUCCCUCUUCAUUUUAUAUUCCCUACAGCUUUCGCCCAAUUUUUAACUUCAAAAUACCUGUCACAAAGCAAUUCCAGCAAUCCGCGUGUAGUUGGGUGUAUUAUCUUCUGCCGGAUUAUGGAGGAGUGAAAAUGCCGUCAAGGUUGCAAACCCUUUUGGACGGAGCAGCAUAUGUUCUCUACAAAAGCGAAAUCCAGGUAAAAUCUGCAAAAAACUUUGUGAAAGCUCUUCAAUCAGAUCUGGGCCUGGUGUUUUUAAUGCGUGAGCUGUUUUUGACUAUACCCAACUGAGCAAGAUCAGACAUUCGAAUUAGAUAGAAUAAAUUGGUUUGUGCUGUAAUGGGAUAUCUGUCAUGUAAAGCUGAUUCUGCUGUUAUAACAUGCGAUUCAUACAAAAAAGAGAAGCCCUUGAAGGUGCAGCAGUUUAGUUACAAAGAGCUGGAGAAUGCCACCGGAGGAUUCGCUGUUAAAAGUUUGUUAGGAAAAGGCAGCCAUGGUUGUGUAUACAAAGGUGUUUUGCGAGAUGGUAGUGUUGUAGCUAUCAAGAAGCCUUCAGUUGGGCUCCGGAUCUUACAAGACGAUACUGCAGUUGAGAACGAGAUUGAAAUACUUUCUAAACUACACAGUCCACGGCUUGUUAAUCUACUUGGGUUUAGUCAUGAUACCAAGGAAAAGAUCCUAGUUGUAGAGUUUAUGUCUAAUGGUACACUGCAUGAUAUAUUGCAUUGUAACCCCGAACCGCCCAGUUGGGCUAGAAGGGUCCACCUUGCUGUACAGACUGCUAAAGCUAUCCUAACCUUGCACAGUGCAAAUCCCCCUGUAAUUCACAGAGAUAUCAAGGCUUCCAACGUGUUGAUUGAUGGCAACUGGAACGCCAGGCUUGGGGAUUUUGGGCUUGCUCUGAGGGGGAAUGUGGAGGAUAUUAAGCUCAAUUCAACCCCUCCAGCCGGCACAAUUGGGUACUUGGAUCCAGGUUAUGUGACUCCUGGAAACCUUAGUACUAAAAAUGAUGUUUUUAGCUUUGGGAUUCUUCUAUUAGAAAUCAUAAGUGGGAGAAAUGCUAUUGAUGUCCAGUACAGCCCCCCUGCUAUAGUAGAUUGGGCGAUGCCUCUUAUCAGGCAGAAUAAUAUUCUUGCACUGUAUGAUCCGAGGUUGAGUCCACCCAAGAAUCUGGAAUCAGUAAAACAAAUGGCUUUCAUUGCAGCUCGGUGUAUCCGAUCCACCAAGGAAAGGAGACCUUCCAUGAAAGAGGUUGUGGAGGGGUUGAAAGUAGUGAGUAAGAGUAUUCCCCUGCAUAUUUGGGAUGGUCUCUCGAGGCGAAAGAGGAAGCCAAGUGUUAGGCAUGAAAAGGGUCAUUUAAUACAGGGCAAUGAUAAGCCCUACAUGACAAUAGAAAUGAAACCCUCCGUGAGUCAGAUCCCCAAGCCUGUGAAAUCCCUGGUGAGAGCAUCAUCAAGGAGCAGGGUCUCUGACGAGGAAGCAAAUCUCGAUGUUGGCAAAGAAUUUCAAAAAUCCAGCAGCGUUUUGAGGCGAGGAAGUGGAAGAAACCUGGUGGAUUUGUUUAGUGAAACAGUAGAAACUUCAGAAUCAAAACCAAUAGAUUGGCAGGCUCUUGCAAAGGUGAGAAAUCCAUCUCUGAGGGUGCCUAAUGGAGGUGUCACAUUGAGGCAGGCGAUGCUUAUUAAUAGAUCACCUGCCUCGCCGGUCAUCAGGUCAGGUACCUUGCCAGUUUUUGGUGAUAACCACAAGGAUACUCUGAGCCAAGCUGUAAGAAUUCCUUCUGUUGGACGUGUAAGGAAACCGACUGUUUGCAUAGAUCCUACUUUGCAUUACAAGCAGAUACCUCAAGUUACAAAUUUCAAGGUUGUGGAGCGAACCAGCUAAGCAAGCUUAAAACUAUUUGGGCCUUUGAAGAAGAUGCUUCAAUUGAGGUCUAGGUUUGGUAAGGCGUAACAAAACUUAUCAUGCCUGGCAGUUUUUCUUUUGCUCAGUUAAUCUGCAUUGCAAUGAUCCUACGCAUUCAUUUGUUUUGACAAAAGCUUAGAAAAAAUUAAGCUUACAUCAUCUUCUUUCAUUUUGUAUUUUCUUUGUUUUUAUUACCUGACUGGUUGGUUGCUACAUGUACCAAUCAAUGCUUGUGAUUGGGUGUUGCAUGUUUUUUUCCAUCAUGACCAUGAGUGCAAUAAAGCUUGUAUAUUGCAAUGAAAUUAGUUUACUCAAGUUAUAGUCA